AUGAGCAAUCAGUACCAGGAGGAGGGCUGCUCCGAGAGGCCCGAGUGCAAAAGUAAAUCUCCAACUUUGCUCUCCUCCUACUGCAUCGACAGCAUCCUGGGCCGAAGGAGCCCUUGCAAAAUGCGGCUGCUGGGAGCCGCGCAGAGCUUGCCCGCCCCACUGGCCAGCCGCGCCGACCAGGAAAAGGCCGUGCAAGGUAAGGAAAGAGAGAGAACAACUCCGAGGCCUGGUGCCUCAAAGAGCGGCACACGUCUCGCCAGGGUCUGGGGUCCGAGGCCGGGAGCGCGCGGGAGGAGGGGGCCGGGGCCUGGGGCGAGAGCGGCUGGCCGGCGCGCUGACCGCUCUCCCUUGCCCGCAGGCUCCCCCAAGGGCAGCGGCGCCCCGUUCGAGGCUGAGCUGCACCUGCCGCCCCCAACCGCGCGGCCCGGGGAGCGGCCGGACGGCGCGGGGGCCGCCGUGGCCGCCGCGGCGGCGGCCGCCGCGGCCUGGGACACGCUCAAGAUCAGCCAGGCACCGCAGGUGAGCAUCAGCCGCAGCAAGUCGUACCGCGAGAACGGGGCGCCCUUCGUGCCGCCACCGCCCGCGCUGGACGAGCUGGGUGGCCCGGGGGGCGCCGCGCACCCGGACGAGCGCCUCGGCGCGGCCAGCGGCCCCGGUGGCGCCCCGGCGGCGGGUGGCGGUACGGGCGCCGAGGACGACGAGGAGGAGCUGCUGGAGGAUGAAGAGGACGAAGACGAAGAAGAGGAGCUGUUGGAGGACGACGAGGAGGAGCUGCUGGAGGACGACGCCCGCGCGCUGCUCAAGGAGCCCCGGCGCUGCGCCGUGGCCGCCACUGGCGCGGUGGCCGCCGCCGCCGCCGCCGCCGCCGCCGCCGCCGCCGCCGCCGUGGCCACAGAGGGCGGGGAGCUAUCGCCCAAGGAGGAGCUGCUGCUGCACCCGGAGGACGCCGAGGGCAAGGACGGCGAGGACAGCGUGUGCCUGUCUGCGGGCAGCGACUCGGAGGAGGGGCUGCUGAAGCGCAAGCAGCGGCGCUACCGCACCACGUUCACCAGCUACCAGCUGGAGGAACUGGAGCGGGCCUUCCAGAAGACGCACUACCCAGACGUCUUCACCAGGGAGGAAUUGGCCAUGAGGCUGGAUUUGACUGAGGCCCGAGUCCAGGUCUGGUUCCAGAACCGUCGGGCGAAGUGGCGCAAGCGGGAGAAGGCGGGCGCGCAGACCCACCCCCCGGGGCUGCCCUUCCCGGGGCCGCUGUCGGCCACGCACCCGCUGAGCCCCUACCUGGACGCCAGCCCCUUCCCGCCGCACCACCCCGCGCUCGACUCGGCCUGGACGGCCGCCGCCGCCGCCGCCGCCGCCGCCUUCCCGAGCCUCCCUCCGCCUCCGGGCUCGGCCAGCCUGCCGCCCAGCGGGGCGCCGCUGGGCCUGAGCACUUUCCUCGGAGCCGCCGUGUUCCGACACCCGGCCUUCAUCAGCCCGGCGUUCGGCAGGCUCUUUUCCACCAUGGCCCCCCUGACCAGCGCGUCGACCGCGGCCGCGCUCCUGAGACAGCCCACGCCGGCCGUGGAGGGCGCGGUGGCGUCGGGCGCGCUGGCCGACCCGGCCACCGCGGCCGCAGACAGACGCGCGUCUAGCAUAGCGGCGCUGAGGCUCAAGGCCAAGGAGCACGCCGCGCAGCUCACGCAGCUCAACAUCCUGCCGGGCACCAGCACGGGCAAGGAGGUGUGCUAAAGGCUGCCCUCCUCCCUCGCGCCCCGGGCGCACCCCGAAAGGUCACCUCACUCAGCACCACUCAAGACCAAAUGGAAACAGAGGACCAGCACACUCCCG